AAUGAAAUUGAGUCUGAAGGUUAAAUCGAAAAAACAAACAAACAAACAAACAAACAAACCGUAGUCGUUUUUCUUGACAAAGACAAAGCUACCUCAAGGAAAAAACUACAGCCUGUUUGCACUCUUGCUAGGGGCUAGCUAUAUGCAAACGACGAGUAAAUUUGAAUUUUCUAGCCUUGCCCAAGAAAUUUGAUUUUGUUUGAUUUUUGUGGGAAUUUGCUCUUAAGACCCUCCUUCACUGUUGUGAUUUUGUUUGCUUUAACUUGAUGUAUUAUUAGUGAGUUUGAGAACUGUCGUUGAAAACCGCGCAAGAAUAUCGAUCGCAACUGACUGAAGUGAUCAAUUGCAACUCUUUAGUAAGGUUGAUAUGUUUAAGCUUAUCCUUUCAGCCAAACCAUACCUUUUUGGUUUAUUUAGGCGGCUUCAUAUUGUCGGUUACCAAUUUAUACCGUUUAUAUGAUAACAUAGAAAAGAAGAAGGUGAGUAACGGAAUUGCUUAGAAAUUAAAGCUUUAAGAAAUCGAAGCGGAAAGCCUUUUAUCGUUUGAAUUACUCGUAUGUUGCAAUCAUUCAAGUCGAGUCAUUUAGUGGCCUACGUUGAAUCUUUUCAUAACUUUUAGUGCUCCAUAUAAUUUCCCCCGAGGUAAAUUGCGGUAUCUCAUAAUUUCAGAUGAUACGUAACUAAAUACUAAGGCUAAGAGAGCAAACUAUUUGAAGUAUGCUAAGAAUUGAAGAGUGAUCUUUAUGACAUGCGCAAGGAGUUGUCACCUAGGCGAGAAAAUUUAAGACAUGAGCGGUAUGCUUAGCGUACUAUUCAUGUUUUAAAUUUUCUCACCUACGUAGGUGACGAAAUAACCAUGCUUGAGAAAGCUAAAAACACAAUUAAAACAAAGAAAUCAAUAACAAGAGAAUCAUACACGAGAAAAGAAAGCAAACCAUAAUGGCACAGCGGGGGCAGCUGUACUGUCAACUACUACUAGUUAUUAACCCUGUUACUUUUUUCUGUAUGUAGUUGCCGUUGCUGGACUGAACCUUCACGCUUCAGGUUUCAAUGGCAGCUGCAACUCCUUCACCCCUGGCGGCCUCUACUGAAACAACAAAUGGAAUCAAGUUGAGGAGACUUCUUGUCGAUGGUGGAACGACAGUUCUAAGGAAGGUUUUUGAUGGCAUUCAUCCUCCCACAAAACUGACUGCUAAUCUCCACUUGAAUAAUUCAACUCUAGAUGACCUCUUUGCGAGAGGAAUCCUUAGUGAACAGCAGAGAAAUCGUCUGUUUCCCCCAGAUGGAUCCAAACCAGACUCGAAGACAUUUGAUAUUACUCUGCUUUUUCUUUUGCUGACUGAAAUUUGUGGCUUAUCCCCCCCUGCCCGCACAGGUUGGAACCACAAGCCUCAGGCAAAAAACAAAUCUCUUGCUGCAAACCUUGUUCGUAUUAAACUGUUUCGCAAUAAGCUAAUUCACACUCCUGAAACACGUAUUGACUCACGAUUGUUUAAUGAGCUUUGGAAAGAAAUUAGUGGUGUUCUUGUUUCUCUUGGUUUGGACCAGGCACAGGUAGACAGAUUGAAAACAGAACGCUGCGGGGAAGAAGAUUAUCUCGACGUUUUGUUUAAAUGGGCAGACCGGGAGAAAGAGAUCAAGUCAAUGGUGGAAUUACUACGUCAAGGCCAAGCUAAAAUGCAGAAAGCCCAACAAGACAACCAAGUGCUACUUCAGGAUACAAAGACCGCUGUUGAGGCAGCAUGCAAGACCCAACAAGAACACCUUACUCUACUUCAAGAUGCCAACGCUAAGUUGGAACAAGCUCGUGAGACCCAACAAGUUACUAAAUUAAAGCUAGAAACAAUACAUCAGAGCCAGGCCAAGACACAAGAAACUGCCGAGAGAGUUCAUCACACCCAAUUACAAGAUCAUGAAACACUUCAGGCUAACAAGUCAAAACUGGGUAAAGUACACCAGACCCAAACCAAGACACAAGAAACUGUUAAGAAAGUGCGCCAGACGCAGUUAGAAUACCGUGAAACACUUCAGGAUGACACGUCAAAACUGGAUAAAGUGCAUCAGACCCAAAUCAAGACAAAAGAAACUGUUGAGAGAGUUCGUCAGUCUCAAUUAGAAGACCGUGAAACACUUCAGAAUAGCAAGUCAAAACUGGAUGAAGUACAUCAGACACAGACCAAGACACGAGAAACUGUUGAGAGAGUUCGUCAAUCUCAAUUAGAAGACCGUGAAACACUUCAGGAUAGCAGGUCAAAACUGGAUGAAGUACAUCAGACUCAGAUCAAAACACAGCAAGUUGUUAAGGGUGUAGCGAAGACCCAAGAAGAACAUUUUGAAAGUUUGCAAGUAGUAAAGCAAGCUGUCAACAGCUUAAAACAGGAAAGAGAAGCAGACAAAGAAAAAUACCAAGUCCUAAAAAACCUUGCCAAGGCGGAGUUCAAAGGAGACAUAGAGUAUCAUGUGGGACGGUAUCAAGAGGGAACUCGUGAGUGGGUGUUUAACGAAGUUGAAAACUGGUUAGACAACAAGCGUUCUCAAAACCGUGUGAUGGUGAUCAGUGCAAAUGCAGGCAUGGGUAAGUCGGUUAUCUCCGCUGUUAUUUGCAAAAGAAUGCAAGAGGAUGGCAGACUGGCAGGAAGCCACUUUUGUCAGCAUAACAAUGCUCGUUACCGAAAUCCUCAGUUGAUGCUUCAGUCCUUGUCCUGUCACUUGUGCAAUGCCUUGCCUGAGUACAAACAAGCUCUUGUGAAACAGCUGUCAAGAAAUCUGGGUAAAGACCUCAAUGACAUGGGUGUUGAGGAGCUGUUUUCCCUACUUUUUAAGGAGCCUCUGAGCACUGUAGCUGACCGUGGAAGAAACAUGCUCAUGGUGAUAGACGGCUUGGACGAAAGUGAGUACCAAGAACGCAAUGAACUUCUUGAUGUUAUUGCAAACCACCUUUGUAAACUUCCAUGUUGGAUCCGAUUCCUUUGUACGACCCGACCAGAGAGGAACAUUGCAGAGGCGUUAACACAUCUGAAGCCGUUUCUGCUGGAAUCAAAUGAUGAUAAGAAUAUUGAAGACAUCAAGUGGUUCUUUGAAAAGAGGAUGCAGCAGCUAAUCGAAGCAGAAAAAAAACACUCCAUAGUGGAAAAGCUUGUCGAAAAGUCUGACGGGCUCAUGCUGUAUGCGUACUUUCUUGUUUCGUUUAUUGAAGAAGAUGUGUCAGUUCUGGACCAAGAAGAUCUCGAAGGCAGCUUGCCAUUAGCAAUUUCUUCAAUCUACCAUUCGUAUUUUAAACGACUAGAGAACGAACUUAAGAAAGAAGUAGACGUUAAGGUUGAGAAUUUUUUGAACCUACUUGCUGCUGUUACCGUCUCCAGGGAGCCCUUGCCAACUGGCUUUCUUUCCAAACUCUUGGUACCUAAUGCCAGGUCACCACUUGCAAGGCGGAAAGAACUUAAAGCUAUUAGUAGUGUGUCCUCACUUCUUCCCAUUCGUGAAGGCUGUCUUCACGUCAUUCACAAGUCAGUUAAAGACUGGUUGACUGACGCAUCCUUUUAUGGAGAGCAUGAAUUCAGUAUGGACGAGAAAGAAGGCCACCAAAUUCUUGCAAGCCUCUGUGCUAGAGAACUUGUUGAGCUGAAACAGAAAGAUGUGCUUCACCGACAGUUUACCCCCACUGAGAAGUAUGCGCUACAUCACGGUGUAAAACACAUGUUGCUGAUAGACGAGGAAAUGAAAUCCCAUAGCCUGAGGGAAUGUGUAAAAACAUACGUACUAGACUUAGAGCUUUUGUAUGCAAAGCUCUGUUUAAACGAUUCAGUAGCAGCUGGAGACAUUCUGUGGCUUCACAAGCAGAAGAUGUUCCCUAUGCUGUCUGAAGAUAGUCAAGAUAUGUUGCACAUUUUGUUGUUCCUGCUACGAAAGUACUUCUCCACUUUUUCAGACCAUCCCCACGUAUUUUUCCAAACCGUGGUGAAUGAGGGAGGAUCAUUUCUGUCUCCUAUGGCAUCGGACCUGUUGCUAAGCAAAUAUCCUGAAUUACCAUAUAUGGAAUUGGUCCAGAAGCAGAUGCAGCAGGGAGUUGUUCUAGCCCGAUUUCGAUGCUCGUCUCCGGUGGCUUGUUUUGAUGUUUCUCCCGAGUUAGACUACAUGGUGUGUGAAUGUGACGACGGAACGAUUUACAUGUGGUCACUUCAUACUGGUAAACUUGUAUGGACACGUCCUGUGAUCGUGAAGAAACUGCACUUCGGGAAUGGAGCAUACAGAAUGUCACCAUCCUCUCCAGGCGUCCUGUCGUUUUACCGUUCAGUAGUUUUUCAUCCCACCAAGGAAGUGGUCUUGCCAGGAGUCCUUAGCCGUGCCUAUGAUUUCAAAGGAGAGAUGAAACCGCUUUUUCCCGAAAGUAGCUGCAAUUUCACUGUUUGCUCGAUUUCAGGAGACAAGACCACCAUGCUAACUGACUGCCCUGACAAUCCUAAAUGCAUUAUUAUGUGGAGUCUCAGGAAUGGUUCCGAGAUUAUUCGCACCACAAGAAAGGACGAUGUUUUAUCUUUUGCAUGGUCACGAGAUGGAAAGAUGGUAGCAAUUUCUCAUUGCAUGGGUUCAAUUUGCUUGGUUGAUGUGACAUAUGGCUUUAGAACACUGGCACAAACGGCUCUGCCAGAAAGUUGUGGGAUGAUAAAGUUCUCACCUAACUGCCAAUCUCUUUUUUGCUUUAGUGGAACACAUCUCCUUAAUCACCUCGUCUGUUUGAACAUCAAUAUGGCGGAACAUCUCAGCUGUAGUUUAGAUGUUUGUAUUAAAUCCUAUGUUCCCUGGAAAUUGGAAUCCCGUAGCGAAGCUGGCUUUUUAUUGGGAGAUCCUCUUUCGUCUGUGGAUGUGGAAUUUGAGUUUGUGCUGAAUAAGAAAAUAGUAUUGAGGAGUUCUCCCGGUAACAUUUCCAUAGACAUGCUGAAUAUUGAUGAAACGAAGAAAAACCUAAAAGCCGAACUUAACAGGAGCAAAGAAAUUAUUUUUGCUUUGAGUGGAGAUACUAUUUAUAAUGUCUUCCGUGACGAGGUCAGGGCUUUCGAUGUUUCAAGCGGUGAGCUCAUCGGCCAAGUUGCAGCGAGCGGUGAAUAUCUCUCAGCGCUAGCCAUGGAAGAAGGUGUUUUAAUAUUAACAAUAACGUAUACAACGUAUACAAUUGAGUUGUGGAAUGUUGAAUUAUCCAGGUGCGUCCGAAAUUGGCCAAAUUUAAACGGCAUCAGACAACUGAUCGGGAUAUCAGAACAACGAGUGGCAUGCGAAGGAGAAAACCAAGUUCUUAUCUUGGAUACUGCUAGCGGAGACAUCGUGUCGACAAUCCCAAUUGGUCGUCAGUUUCUUGCUUGUAACAGUAAAUGUCAAUUGUUAACAGCUGGUCGCUUUUCACUUGAGUUGUGGGAUGGCGAAACUCUUCUCUGGGACAACGACGUCCCUGUUUAUUAUUUUUUACAAGCGAUUUUCUCUCUUGGUGAACGGUUUGUAGUAGUUUCCACUAAACACGGCAAAACUCGCGAAGUAGUGAUUGUCUUGGAUGCAGUGUCAGGAAGAGAGGUAAACGUUUUAGAUGUCAAAGUCAGAAAUUUGAAUUUAUGUAAAUUUAUCAGCGGGGAAGAAUGCGUUAUCAGCUCCGAAGCUGCUUCAGAAGGUCUUCUGCUGUUUAACGUCCAGUCUGGUAAACUGCUGAGUGUAAUCGAUCUGGAAAGUCCAGUGACCUGUUUAGCAACCUGUCCUCGUAAGCAGCUCGUGGCCAUUAACAAAAGUGACUCUAAACAUGGAUUUAAACUUAUCCAGACUCAGAUGCCUCGAAGUUUAGGCAACAUUCAGAACAAAAGGGAGAAAAGACUGCGCGUCUUUUGGAUCUGAUGAGCCCGCUAGUCGGACAGCAGUCCCUCCGCAGUUUCCAUGAUGAGAAUGUUUUGUCGAGAGUGGAGAGUCAUGCAGACAGACGAAAACCGCCUCAAGUGUGUGUUGGUGUUAGCACAGAAACUACGCCUCUGCUCAGUUCGGCAACGCAUGACUGUGCGGGGAAGGAUGUUUGCUGUAAAGGGUGUGUUCUUGUCUAGCGCGUGAUGAAUGAUGGUCAUGCUGCUGCUUGGUGAGACUACGUAUGAGCCUGCAGGGAGGACUGUUUGCGGUCAUAAUUGCGAGUGUAUUUGUAUCGAGGAAGUAGUACGCCUGAACCUUGUGAUUCUCGUUCUACUGUGAAUGAACGGUUGGAGUGCACUUCGUCUGGAACCUCAGCAAACUGCUCCGUGGCCUUGAGG